AUGGGUCAAGGCUUCUCCCUCGCGACGCCGUCCGUCGGCUCCGCAGGCAUCGACACUUCGGAACUGAGCGAUGUACACUACGAGAAGAGCAUCGGCAAUGCUCGGUUCAUGAAGACUAUCCGAGGACGUCAUGAGAACGGUCUAGUUCUCGUCAAGAUCCUCGUUAAGCCCUACCCAGAGGUCAAGCUGGACGAGUACAAGAAACAGAUAAUUGAGCAGAGCAAGGCACUCGCGAAUGUGCCCAACGCCCUUGGAUUCCAGCGCAUCAUCGAGACCGACUCCAACGGCUACCUCGUCCGCCAGUUCCUCUACAGCUCGCUGUACGACCGUCUUAGCACUCGGCCGUUCCUCGAGGACAUCGAGAAGAAGUGGUUGGCCUUCCAGCUUCUCUGCGCUCUGCGCGACUCCCACGCCCGUGAUGUGUACCACGGCGAUAUCAAGGCGCAGAAUGUCCUCGUGACCUCUUGGAACUGGUUGUACUUGUCCGACUUUUCGUCCGCCUACAAGCCUGUCAUGCUCCCGGACGACAACCCAGCCGACUUUUCAUACUUUUUUGAUAUAUCGGGCCGCCGUACGUGCUAUGUCGCCCCGGAGCGUUUUUACGCCGCGGGAGAGGUGCCUCCGCGAAAGGCCAAGAUGACCUGGGCCAUGGACAUUUUCAGCGCCGGCUGCGUUAUCGCCCAAAUGUUUCUCGAGUCUGAGAUCUUUAGUCUGGCGCAGCUGUACAAGUACCGCCGUGGAGAGUACGAUCCUGUCAUCACGCAUUUGAGCGUCAUCUCAGACAAGGACGUUGCCGACAUGAUAGCGCAUAUGAUCCAGCUGGACCCCGAGAAGCGAUACUCUGCGGAGCAGUACCUGGAGUUCUGGAAGGGCAAGGUCUUUCCACAUUACUUUUACAACUUCCUUCACCAAUACAUGGAGCUCAUUACCGACCCUUCAUCGGGCAACAGCCCCAUGUCUGGUGCGCAGAAGAACCUUGGAGAAGCCGAUGAUCGAAUCGACCGCGUAUUUUACGACUUUGACAAAAUCUCAUAUUUCCUUGGGUACCAGCCUGAGAAACGCACCUCAAACGCCUUACAGCCGACCUCUAGACUCAGUCUCUCUCAUUUCCCCGUGAGGCUCAACAUACCUAAUCACGACCACACCGUCUCGCCAGAUCUGGAACCACCAGAAGAUGACGGGACAUUAAUAUUUUUGACACUCAUUGUGUCCCAAUUGAGAAACACGGCUCGGGCCUCUUCAAGAAUCAGGGCAUGCGAUGUUCUCUUAGCUUUUGCAGAGAGACUCACCGAUGAAGCUAAAUUGGAUCGGGUGCUGCCCUAUCUAAUGACCCUUCUCGUUCCAGAUGAGACGGAUCUGGUUCUAAUUGCUGCUAUCCGGACCAUUACACAGCUCUUGCAGCUGGUCCAGAUGGUUACGCCUAUUAACUCCCAUGUUUUGGUUGAGUACGUGCUGCCGAGGAUGGAGAUCGCCCUAGGAACCAGAUUAAGAGCAUCCAGUCCUCUGGUCAGGGCGACCUACGCCUCUUGCUUGGGUAGCCUUGCGAUUACCGCCCAGAGGUUCCUCGAUAUGGCAUCAAGUCUUCGGCCUGAUGGUUCAAUGCCCAUUGCUGACCCUGAAGUUGAGCCUGGAGUGGAUGCCAAGGCCAACUUUGAAAGCGUCUUUGACAAUGCUGGCCGGCAGCUGUUUGAGCUUCUGGAAAGUCACACUAAGCAACUCGUUGAGGACUCGGAUAUCUCUGUUCGCCGAGCAUUCCUGGCGUCAGUACCCGAGCUAUGCUUGUUCUUUGACGACCAAUCCAACGAUGUGCUCCUCACCCAUCUAAACACCUACUUGAAUGACCGUGACUGGACUUUGAAAUGCGCCUUCUUUGAUACAAUAGUCGGCAUCGCAAUCUUUAUCGGCAGCACGAGUCUAGAGGAGUUUAUGCUGCCGUUGAUGAUCCAAGCCUUGACUGAUCCCGAGGAAUAUGUAGUGCAAGCAGCUCUUCACUCGCUUGCUCAACUUGCCGGUCUUGGUCUUUUGUCGAGGCCCAAGAUCACCGAGCUGGUAGACCUCAUUAGUCGAUUCACCAUGCACCCAAACAUUUGGAUUCGGGAGUCAGCGACAGAGUUCCUGUCAAUGGCUGCAAAGUUCCUGACGGACGCCGAUGUCACAUCAAACAUUAUGCCUCUGGUGCAUCCAUUCAUGAAAGUCGAGGUUCUGACAGACUUUUCUGAACUCAGCCUCCUCGACGCACUCAAGAGGCCCCUAUCACGAAACGUUUUCGACCAGGCUAUUACAUGGGCCCUGAAGACGGAGCGCGGUAUCUACUGGAAGCCUUUACAGAAACUCAGACCGUUGCUGUUUGGAUCCAGGGGAUCAAUAUCAGGGCGAUCGUCUCGAGAUUUGUCGCAAAGCUCACUUGGAAGAGUGGCUCGCAACGACGAAGAUGAACAGUGGCUUGCCAAACUCAGAAACCUGGGGCUAAAGCACGAAGAUGAGCUGAAGCUUGAUGCCCUGAGAGAGUUUAUCUGGCGCCUGAGCAAGAUGAAGGCUCGAGAUGCCUCACUUACAGACGGAGUCACACCUCAAGGGGUCGUCUCCCUGAAGACCCUGGGCAUCACUCCUCAGACGGUGUUUUUUAAUGAUGCACCUCUGCGAGAUGCGGCGGCGAUCGUGGACGUCGACAUUCCGGCCGAACCUUACACUAUCGCCGAUGCCCUUUUGGAUGCCUCGAUGACGAUUGAUGAUGCGUUUGGAGGACGGAAGAGAGUUAAUCGACGGGUGCAAAGUGUUGGACCUCGUUCACCGCAUCGGCUGUUAUCGCCAACUAGUACUGGCCAUAUGCAUUCCAGAACAUCGUCAACGACUCGCGCAGGAGACGAUGAGUCGUCUGUUGCAGGGGGGUCUAACCCUUCUAGAAGAGCUGUUCGGUAUCAACCGAGCGCACUCAGCCUGCUUGAUCGCAAGGACAAGAACAAGUCCAUUGCACAAACCGGUAUGACGGAUGCUAAUGCAUUUGGUCAAGUGGAAGGACCCUUUGCUCAAGCUUCACCGAGCAAGCCGCCGUCUGAAGGGAACGAGGGCGAGAGUACGCGCCCAAGAAUAUUGAAGCACAGCUAUGAAGGAACCGAUCCGAAUAUCCAAAGGAUGCUCGACAAUAUGUUUGUCGAGAACCUUCCCCGCGAUGUCAUCGAGUUCGGACCCAUGGUUACGCCUAUCAAGAGGACCAAGGCGGCAAAUCGCAUUAGCAAUGCCCAUGGCGAAGACCCCUGGAGACCUGAAGGGCAGCUUGUGGCAACAUUUGGCGAGCAUAAGGGCCCCGUCAACAGAGUGAUGCCAUCCCCUGACCAUGUAUUCUUCAUCACUGGCGGUGAUGAUGGUACAGUCAAGGUGUGGGAUACGGCGAGACUCGAACGAAACAUUAGCCAGCGCUCCCGGCAAACACACAGGCAUGGCGAUGGCGCGAGUGUUGUCGCACUCUGCUUUAUCGAGAACUCACACUGUUUCGUGAGUUGCGCGGUUGACGGUAGUGUCCAUGUUGUCAAGGUGGACACGCUCCCUGCUAGCGGAGUGAUUAGGUAUGGAAAGCUGCGUGUUCUACGCGAGUAUCAGCUCCCUGAAAAUGAGUUUGCGGUAUGGUGCGAGCAUUUCCGGCAAGAGUCGAACUCUGUUCUCAUUAUCGCCACCAACCGGUCAAGGAUCUUGGGGAUUGAUCUCCGAACGAUGAACUUGUUGUAUGUUCUCGAGAACCCGGUCCAUCAUGGCACACCUACUUGCUUCUGCGUCGACCGGAAACGAAACUGGCUCUGUGUAGGGACCUCGCACGGAGUGGUAGAUCUCUGGGAUCUUCGUUUCAAGAUGAGACUCAAGGGAUGGGGGCUGCCAGGGAAGGGGUCCAUCUACAGGAUCUGCAUCCACCCCACAAAGGGCCGUGGCAAAUGGAUAUGCAUCUCUGGCGGAACAGGCCAGGGUGAAGUCACCGUCUGGGACUUAGAGAAGACGGUUUGCCGAGAGAUCUACCGAGCUGGAGGCAGCAAGGACGGAUUCAAGGCCUACGAAGCGUGGGAUGUCGAUGAAGACAAGCGGGAAGGCAUGCUGGGGAGAUAUGCCACCAACAUCGAACACAAUGAGCUCGCAAACGCAGACCGAGGAGUUCGAGCUAUGAUAGUGGGAACAGCAACAGCAGAGGACUCGAGAGACGUUAGACACGCCUUCAUCAUCACGGCUGGCUCAGACAAGGUUUUGCGAUUCUGGGAUCUUUCGCGGAUCGAGAGUUCGUUCAUCUACAGCGGACUCUCACCAGACUCACCGAAGCCGACUUACACAACGUCCAACCCAGUCACUGCGCUGACGCUAAACAUUGAGCGUUUCCCCAGACAUGCCCCAACAGCUCCCAAUGCGGGCUCGGGCUCCAAGACAAAGUCAUCAAGCGGGCGGCAACCACGGUCAACGGUCAUUUCUCUCCAGCAACAGCAGUUGCUGCAGUCUCACAUGGAUUCUAUCCUAGACGUGGCGUUGUUGGAGCACCCCAACACCAUGAGCGUCUCGGUGGAUAGGAUGGGUGUAGUGUAUGUGUUUCAGUAG